UUGACCUCUCGUAGGCUAUGCCAGUACUCAAUACUAGUAAGAAAGAACACUAAUGAACCUCCGAAUUCUGAGAAAAGCUUGGCGGAGCCGAAACGGUGACCAACCGUCAUCCGCUUUCUCCCAUAACAUCAUACGCUUAUUCUCGCAACUCUCCUCGCAGUCCACACCGGAUGCCUUCGGCAUUGCGUUCGACAUCGACGGCGUCGUUUUACGAAGCGAAGCUCCCAUCGGAGGCUCUCCUCGGGCCUUCAGAAGAUUGUACGACGAUUCUGGUAAUCUCAGGAUUCCAUACGUGUUCUUGACAAAUGGAGGUGGGAUUAGCGAAUCCAAAAGAGCCCUUGAGUUAAGUUCACUUUUAGGAGUGAAGAUUUCACCUUUACAGGUUUUACAGGGCCAUACACCUUUUAAGCAGUUAGUAAACAGAUUUGAGAAUGAACUCAUUGUUGCUGUGGGAAAAGGAGAACCUGCUGCUGUGAUGGCUGAAUAUGGAUUUAAAAAUGUUCUUUCAAUUGAUGACUAUGCAUCCUGCUUCGAUAACAUUGACCCGCUAGCACCAUAUAAAAAAUGGAUAACUAAGCAAGUUGCUGAUCAGAGUAGGGCGGUUGCUGCCAAAGAUCUUGUUCUCUCACAAAGAGUUCAGGCGGCGUUUGUAGUUAGUGAUUCUGUUGAUUGGAGCAGAGACAUUCAGGUUCUAUGCGACAUUUUAAGAACCGGUGGUCUUCCUGGUAGGGGAAUUGGACACCAACCACAGCUGUAUUUUGCGCAUGAUGACCUUGCAUACCAGGCUGCUUUUCCUUCUGAGCGUUUUGGAAUGGGAGCUUUCAGAAUAGCACUGGAAUCCAUCUUUAAUAGAAUCGACCCUCAUGCUCUGGAGUACACAACUUUCGGGAAGCCAAAUCCAUUCGUAUUCAAGAAUGCAGAACUUAUACUUAAGCAACUUGUGUUAUCUCUUCAAGACAAGGUUCAAGUUCUCAAUCCAGCAAAUGCUGGAGGCCAUAAUUUCAAAACACUGUAUAUGAUAGGAGAUAAUCCUGCAGUUGACAUCAAUGGCGCACGGCAGGCUGGCCAUCCCUGGUUUUCUAUUCUGACAAGGACAGGGGUUUUCAAGGGAAAGGAAAAUCAUGCUGAGUUUCCGGCGGAUCUGGUUGUUGACACGGUGGAAGAAGCUGUAGACUUUGUUUUGAGAAAGGAGUGCAGCUCUUAGAAUUUCGUUCGCUCACUUAAUUUUUUCGUUCCCCCUCCUCCUCAGGUUCAAGUAUUUUCUGAUUACUUAAUCAGUAUAUACAUAUAUUUUUUCAACAUUUUAUAAGAAAGAAAAUUUAGGGGAAGACAAUUGAGGUGACAUCUAAAUGAAUAAAAGAUGAACCGCAGUCGGGUUUUCAUUUUCGGCUCAA